AUAGUUGGCGUUGUUGGGAUACAGGCGCUGAAAUAUUUAAAUAAAUUCAAAAUGAUAAGCGCCGUGGUUGCCGUAUUGUUCAUAUCGUUUUUGCUUGUGUAUUUAUACAAAGGUGCAUAUAGCAGACCUAAGAACUUUCCCCCUGGUCCACCAAGACUACCGUACUAUGGUUCUUAUUACUAUAUCCGUGCUUUGGACUUCAACAACUUGGCCAACUCUUUUACAAAGCUAGGCCAAAUCUACAAGACGAAGAUCGUCGGGUGCUACUUGGCCUCCUUUCCAACCGUGGUCGUCAAUGAUUCCGAUCUUAUCAAGGAGAUGCUCUAUAAUGAAGAAUGUGAUGGCAGAAUGGACGUUAUUUUGUUCAGAUUGCGCUCUUACUGGAAGAAAUUAGGUAAUCUACCACAUUGUACUCCACACUGCUUAUCAAUAUUUUCAAUAUGUACUUGUAGCAUGCCGUACACGGAAGCCUGUAUCCGAGAAGCCAUGCGAAUCGACACUCUAGUACCACUAGGAGUGCCACAUAGGGCGACAGCUGACACCAAACUUGGAGGGUAUCAUAUACCAGAGGACACGAUGAUAGGUGCGAACUACACUACUCUACAUAUGGAUAAGAAGAUCUGGGGCGACCCUGAGAACUUUAGACCGGAAAGGUUCAUCACUGACGGAAAGCUGAAUCUUGCUCUCGACAAAUCGUUGCCUUUUGGUGCAGGUCGUCGACUAUGUGCCGGUGAGACGUAUGCCCGCCAGACCAUGUUCCAGGUCUUCUCCGCAUUCAUGCAAGCUUUCCACGUGUCCACCGCUGAUGGAAAACCUCUCACGAAACCUACUGAAAGGAUACAGGGCAUCAUUAUUAGUGUACCUGAAUUCUGGGUUCGAGUCACACCCAGGGAGUAAAUUUGAACGAAGUAAAUAUGUUUUGGGAUAACAUAAUACGUAUAAUGUAUGUACACUAUUUGUAACAAAACAUCUCAGCUAUUGUAAAAAUAAUUAUGCUUUAAAAUAGACUUAAUUAAUAAUUAUAUACAAUCCUUCGUACGUAUUACUUUGGGUUAAAUUAACUAGACUUUAUGUUCUAACAGUUAUUUUGUUCAAUCUCCUGAUCCUAUAGAGUGUUGAGAAUGUUAAAAUUACUUAAUUAAUUACUUCACGGUAAUCUGUAAUUUGACGAUCUUCAUGGUCGAGGGAUCUCUUUGGUCCCGGGUUCGAUUCUCGGCCGGGUUAAUUUAGAAACUAACUUUUCUGUAUUGUCUCGGGUCUGGGUGUUUGUGGUACCGUCGUUGUUUCCGAUUUCCAUAAUCUUAAUUUAGGUAAAUAGGUAAGUAUC